ACGGUGAUAGGUGCUGUAGUUUACAUAUAAUAACCGGUGGAGACACAUAAUGCAUGAAUACAUACGCAGUAGAUGGCUUUUGUGAAUUUCAAUGGGACCAUGGAGACUUGGGCGGCCACUUCCUCAAGCAGCAAAAGUUCAGUUUGGACCAACUUGAACUUGGUGACCUUGGCUUUUGUCGAGUGCUCCGUUUUAAUCUUGAAAACGGUGUACCGCGUGUGUGUAAGCCUCCGGUUUUAGUAAGUACUGUCCCGUCUUGGCUAGUAGCACUGUCCGAGUUCUUGUGUCUUCCCACCCUCCAACUUUUUUGCUCUCAACAUCCAACAUUGUGUGUGUACAACCGCCCAACGGUUCGGGAAGGGUCUCAGCUUUCUUGCUGCUGGAAUUUUGAUGCUUCUUGUUCGGGUGGUUGACCCUCCUCAAGACAACCUCCGAUUUUUGCUCCGGAGUCGGCUCAGCUGGCUGUGAAUCCCGCUUCCAGUUCCUGCCCCCUUUUUUGCUGUGUACUGAGUGUAAUACGAUGGCCCGCCGUGGCUGGGGAAUGGCAGGAAUGCGCACAAAAGGGAAUAAAGCCCCUUCUAUGGUCGGCACCACGCUUUCAUCAAUCGAAGCUGUCUUAUCUUUCUUCUGAUCAAAUUCUUAUCGGUUUCGGGUUGAGAUGUGGUUAGAAAAUGCGAUGGAGCUGAGAUGAGUCGCCCUCCCGCUCAAUAAAGAGUUCCCGAGGCAACCACGCGUGUUCUAUUAUCACCAAGGAUUGUUUCUUCCGGCACGAACGACAAAGACCGUUUUCAAUCUCGGCUUCAUCAAUGUUUCUCAACGACUUCGGAGUUGCUUACCGAGUAAGCGUUCCUUCGCGAUGACCGACGUGGGACCACGACUGCACGCUUAGGACUUUGACUUUUUGAAGAACGGAGGUUAGAUUCAGGCACAGAGACCUUGGGCCUUGAGCUGAGAGAGAUUUGACGACAAGAGAUCUGAGACAAUUCGCGGGUUCGAGAUGUUCUGCUGCUGCUGCUGUGAGUAAGAGUGUGUAUGAAGCAAGUCAGACACCCGGUGAGAAACAUGCUGCGAUGCUGUGCUACCAUGGCGCCAUCAAUUGUCUUUGAGGCGUUCGUUCAUCUUCAUCAUCAGUUUAUGAGUUCUAGAAUCUACUCCCAAGUCGUCGCCAUGUUGAUGGUGUUUCGAUUGAUGAAUACUACACCACCAUCUCA